AUACUGUUAGAUAACGGUAGUGUCAGCACUGAGGCACGUUAGGAUUCGGUAACGUUCAUAGACCUUAGUGACUGUCUGCGUCGUGUGUGCGUUUUAAGGACGUUCGGUCCGUUUUUUCCAAAUAUUUGACUUGCAUUGAUCUGUCAGCCGUCAGCUAACGGUAGCUAAUGUUAGCUAGAACCGCUCGCUGAACAAACCGCCUUUUGGCUAUUGUCAGUAACAUAAAAUAUAUUCUGUCUCUUUGUGUUGACGCUGACGCUAUCAUUGUGUUCACGAGUAAACGUGUCAACAGCACCGUGCAGUGGGAGAAAGAAAACACCAAGGUAUCCAACUAGCCGGUCGUGUCGUUUGCUUGGUAUCGUGAGACGUGACGCCAAAUUCAAAUGAAAAAUCUCCACAUUUAAUAUUGUUACUGCGCUUUUGCCUCAGUAUUUUAACUUCCUACACCUCAUUGUUAAUUGCCAUGUAACAAUCUUUAGUUCGGCUUAGAGAAAUUAACUAGCUAAUUAAUUAGCUGGCAUUAUAUAGCGAAAUUCAAUGUUUGGAUACUACCAAGUAGUGCAAAACAAUUCACACGUGACUAUGCCACGAUGCUUUUUUUUCUCAUUUCAGUUUUACAGUGUCAUAUUAACUGGACCGAUUCAUGCAGCGUCCUAAAUGAGCUUAAUACAACCCUAAUAUGCCUCUAAGAAGUAAUUUUCUAUUGCAGGUCUCAUCAGAAUAAACUCCAUUUAAUUAGGCUGUAACCUACAUACAAGACAGACCAUGAGACUGACUGAGUCUGUUGUGAUUUCUGAUCAGCUGCUCUGUAGCAGCACAGCCAUGAACUGUUACAAACUUUCCUCUCCUUCUACCUGUCUGUCAGUAGUCUUUGAGCUCGGAUGUAAACAAUAAAACAGACCAGACACUGGAGAAGAUUUGUGUCUUAUUGUCACGAGUCUUCAGAGAUGGACGUUGGCGUGUCCAAAUCCCAUGUGUUUCUCAACUACAGUCCCAGAGCCCUCCUCUCCCAGUGGAGCGUCCCGCUGUGUGCACAGCGUAUAAUGGAUGCAGUGAAGGAGGGGCAUAAGACCACCAUGAGCUCGGGAAAAAUGGUGGCUCUGGCUGCAGGGCUCUCUGUCGGGGCCACAGUGGGUUACAUGGUGUAUCGACAUAUAAGUAGCACCAGUAACAGCCAAGGCCCUGACUUUGAGGUGUCCAAGAUGACGCUUCCUGUAGAGGUUUACAGGAACAUAUCCAGAUGUCAGGCCAAAUUCUUGGAUAUGGUGACCCAGAAGUCCGGUGCACGUGUCCAGGUUUUGUCAGACUCUGACUCAGAUUCAUCCGGCUGUAAGACAGCUGUGUGUUUCCUGCUGCAGGGCUCAAAGGAGCAGGUUCUGUUGGCCCGCUGCGUUCUGGAGAACCUAGUCAUAGAUUGUGAACCAGCAAGUGAGGUUCUGGAGGUUCCUCAGACUGCUUUUGGACGUAUUAUAGGCCGUGGAGGAGAGAGUUUGAAACAGAUCACUAGGACCACAGGGGCUAAAGUUAACUGUUCUAAAGAGAAAACACAGGGUCCUGGAGCAAAGGGCAGCAUCACUAUCACAGGCAGCCGACAGGAAGUGAAGCAGGCCAAGGAACUGAUUCUAGAAAAAGUCAGAGAGGACAUGUUGGUUCGGACAAAGAUCACCCAGUCCUCUGCUCUGCGCAAGAAACGGUGCACCACAGCAGUGGAGAGUCUGAAACUUGCAAAGAGCGAAGAGACUGAAGUACCACUGGGCCUCAACAACAACAACAACAGUACUUUUCCACAAGCAGAGAAAAAUGGACCUAUCCAUGCCAAUGGCACUGCAGGAGAGUCACAACCGGUAUCUGAUAAGACAGAUGACUUACAAAGCAUCAACACAGAGAGCAAUGAGGAGGAGAGUGUGUCGACUGACUCACUCUCUGAAAUCUCCAAGUUUGAAAUUCCCAGCCCAGACCUGAGCUUCCAGCCUGAUGAACACCUUGAGUGUUUACGUUUCUGCAUCAGAGAACCCAACCACUUCUGGAUCCAGACUGGGGUCCGCUCCCUCCAGCUGGACAAGUUGACAGAGGAGAUGACCCGCUUUUACAGCGGUGUAACCCCACAGUAACAGAAGGUGGAGAGCAUUGUGGUGGGGGACAUUGUGGCUGCUCCAUACCAGGAUCAUGGCACAUGGAACCGGGCCAGGGUGGUAGGAGCCCUGGCAUCAGGACUGUUGGUCCUUUACUAUGUUGACUUUGGAGACAACGGGGAGCUGCCCAGAGACAGCCUGCGCCGCAUGAGGAGUGACUUCCUCAGCUUGCCAUUUCAAGCUAUUGAGUGCAACUUGGCAGGAGUGAGACCAAAAGGAGAAGUGUGGACUGAGGAGGCUCUGGAUGAAUUUGAUCGGUUGACAUAUUGUGCCUUGUGGAGACCUCUGCAGGCAAAACUGUGCAGCUACUCCCACUCAGAAAUCUCCUCAUGGCCCAGUGUCAAACUCUAUGACAGCAGUGAGGGAAAGACUGUGGACAUUGGUGAGGAGCUUGUUAGGCUCGGACAUGCUACUAGCUUUCAGGAAGCAGUGAAUGGGAAAACUGAGGGAGCCAAUCUGGGCUGUCUGCAAGGAUGCUGGUGAGAUGACGUGAUAGGAGCAUCAUCAGAGCUGAGUCUCUCCUGUAUCAGCUUAUCAGAAGCUGCUUCAAUCUCAGGAAGCGUUGAUGAUGUCGUAGGGGACGAGCUGCUCUGAGACCAAAGACAUACAGAGAUGUCAAGCACUGACCAUCCGCUCCUCAGCAUCAGUGAUGAAGGUGCAUUUCCUCGUCUGACCUGAUCUCAACCACAUAAAUUCCUCAUGGUGAAGCCUUACCUCCUCGACCACACACGCAACAGUUCUUCCAGCCAUAUUCACUUUACUAUUGUUACUGAAUGCAUUUGUUUCGCCUUCAUGCGGUUCUGUUUGACCCAAUGCUGCUUUGCUUAAAUGUGUUGUUACUAUGUUUUGGGUGUUCAAGAACGGAAGAGUGGAACAAAAACUGAAAGCCAGUAUUACUACUGAAAAGCACUGUGAUAUGAGUCAGUGGAAUGCAACUGGUUUGUGGCUAACUCUAGCUUUUUUUCCUCUACUCAUAUAUGUAAAGAGUUAAGGGCCUAUAUAUUGGCUUCAUAAGUUCUAUUUUGAAAUUAAAGUAUAUUGAAUGUGGUCCGUUGAGUAAGAAAAACGUGACAUCUAUUGUCUCAUUACUAAGGACCAAAAUACUAUGUUUAGAGGUGUAAUUGCACUAAUAUUAAUAAAGGAUUUUUUUAUUCACAAAAUGUGUCUGUCAUAAGUUCCA